CAUCAGUUCUUCUGUGGUUUUUGUCUUGUGUGUAAUUUGAGCUUAACCCAAAGCACGAACAGACUCUUGCAAUUCAUUCUUUGUUACUUUCCCUUUCCUUCAUCUCUCUGUGCUCUAUUGCUUCUUGGCCAGACUAAAGUAAUUUGACUUUUGAUUCAAAUUUCUCCAUUUUGAAUCCAGCUUCUCUGUGGCAUGUGCUGUAUAUGUAUGUCUAUGACCUUUUUUCAGUUUUUCCUUUGUUUGGUGAACCAUUUGAGCUUGUUAAUGGGUCUUUGCCUCGUAAAAUUAUUCUGAGAUUUUUGUCGAGUGCAAGUUAACGGUUGUCCUGACAUUGUGAUAGAUCACUGAGAUGAUCACUAUUUCCAGCUGGCAUUUGGAUUUAGUUCCAGGUGUCUUCUGCCCCAAAAUUGGUGGAGUCCGUCCGAGACUACCAUCUCGUAUCAUGAGUUACAAGAGGAGCACAUUCAAAAGUCACCAUUGCAAUCAGCUUGUGUCUAGAAAGGUGCCUGGUAGAAGCGUUACACAUUUAUCUCUAGCUGGUCAUUCUGUCAAAUGUGCUUCAUUUGUCGAAAGAAACUAUCAAUCUAGUGUCAAUAACGAUGAAGAUCCAUUUCUGAUAAACACUAUGAAGCAAGCUAUAAGGGCUGUAAAAUCGAUACUACUAUUUCUGGUUGAGCAGCCAAGUCAGCUGAAGUACAUAGAAUGGCCUGGAUUUCAAAGCACGCUGAAGACUGCAACACUGGCACUUGUUCUAGUUGGGUUGUUUAUCAUUGCUUUAUCGUCGAUUGAUUCUGCCUUGUCUUACAUGUUGGCUCUAUUUUUGCGGAGAACAGCAUGACUCUGGAUAUAUAAGCCUAAUUUCCUGGCUUCAAACAAUCUUGAUGUUUAGACAUUUCCUUCUAAAAUCGAGGAAAUAAAGUCAUAUCAUGAGGUUGACGAACUAAAUGACUAAAAGCCUGAGAACUUCAAGGUUUAAGGGCAAUUGAACUGCUCCAUUGGGUCUUCAAUCUGUAUGCAUUUUGCAAAAUAUUUUAUAAAUGUAGCUAUAUUGAAGUUACUCAUUUGUCAACAAUGAGUAUUGUUGCUAUAACUACAAUAGUUCAUUUUCUUUUUGAUCAUAUAUAUGGUUCUAGAAGUAA